CCUGCACAAGCCGAAGAAGGCGACGACGAAGAAGACCACAACACAGGGACCAAACAAACUCCACGGGCGCAGUAGCGAGCCACCCAGAAAUCGACACUCGCUCAACUCUCUCUCUGCCACUUCGUGCGUCCUCCGACAUGCGCCCACAUUCACGAAGAGCAGGAGCUUUUGCCGCGGCUGCGGCCGGGGAAGAAGAAGAAAUGUCUGCCAGACUAUGAAACCAAUGCUUCUCAACCCAUUUCUUCGUCUUCUUCUUCUUCUUCGUCCGCGUCGCUUCUGUACGGUUAUUCCCACCAUGGGCACCGCGUAGCUAAGGCUACCUUGCGCAUUAAAUUUGCUGGAGCGACCGAGAUCUGAGCGCGGAUCCCAUUUGUCCGAGUUUCUUCGCUGGAAGACGAGUUAAUGGCUGAGUCGCUGUGUCUCUCGAAGUUCUGUCGGAUUUCUAGUCAAUAAGCCCGACUUGCGUCGAGGUACGGUGGCUGUUGUGGCAGUCGUGGAGAUCAGUCCGAAUUCGCGGCGGUUUCAGCGGAGGAGUUACAUGGUUGAAAAGUUGGUCAAUGAGCUUGCUCAAUGAUCUUCCAAAGCUCCACAAUCUCAUUUCGCUUUGCCAACUUUUUUUCUGUUGGCAGUCGAUUGGAACUUAACUCUGGAGUAUUCCUUGCUCGAUAAUGGGGAGUAUCAUGCGCAGCAUUCUCGUUUUGCCUUAAAGCCAGAUCAUCGGUAUCGCCUCCUUGUUCUUCAUGAUUAGCGACUCUCAGUCUAUGCUUGUUCUUGACAGAAUGCAGUGGAGAAACAUGCUGCUAAAUUUAGAUCAUCAUUAAUUCUCUCUGUCCACGAUCCAAAUGCGUGGAUGGGUGCGAUAAGUGAUGGCACUGGAUUGUUGAAAGCAUGUUUCAUGAAUGCAAUAUAACUUGGCGCACAUUUAUUAGUCUUUGACUGGAGUCAUAGAUUGAGAGCGGGUAUAGUAGGCUAGUGGUGUGCUUUUUCGAGGGGCGAAGAUGGUGUUCUCAUGGGAUCUUUUCGGGGAGGCCGCUAGUAUAGCCCAACUCACGGGGCUCGACGCAACUCGACUAAUUGGAAUGAUAGUGCAAGCGGCGAACACAGCACGGUUGCACAAGAGGAACUGUCGGCAAUUCGCUCAGCAUUUGAAGCUGAUUGGUAAUUUGUUGCAACAACUGAAGAUAUCGGAGCUAAAGAAGUACCCCGAGACAAGGGAGCCUCUGGAGCAGCUCGAGGAUGCUCUCAGAAGGUCCUACAUUCUGGUCAACAGCUGCCAGGAACGGAGUUACUUCUAUUUGUUGGCUAUGGGGUGGAACAUCGUUUAUCACUUUAGGCGAGCCCAGAAUGAGAUUGAUCAAUACUUGAAAAUCAUCCCUCUCAUCACCCUCGUGGACAAUGCUAGAGUUUGGGAGAGAAUGGAAGCUAUCGAGAAGGAUCAACAUGAGUACUCACUAGAUGAAGAUGACAGGAAGGUGCAGGAUAUAAUCCUGCAACGAGAACCAUCAAAGCAUGACACCAUGGUGUUGAAAAAAUCUCUUUCCUGUUCCUACCCCAAUCUUGGAUUUGGUGAGGCGCUGCGAAAGGAAAAUGAGAAGCUUCAGCUGGAACUACAACGGUCUCAAGCUACUUUGGAUGUGAGCCAGUGUGAAGUAAUUCAACAUUUGAUCGAUGUCACAGAAACUGUUACAAUGAAUAUGGUGUCAGGGAAUAAUUCCCCUACAGUAGGAUCCAAAGGAGUUAUGGACAAUGUUUCAGACACUAAUAAUGAAAAGAAUCAUCCUUCAGAUGAAAGCCGUUCUAAGAAAACUGAUUGCUCUGCAACUACAAGAAAAGUGCCUGCUAUAUUGUGUGACCAUGAAGCAUUGUCAGUUAGAGGUUCGCAUCAACGUGAAGAAUGGCACGCUGACUUGCUUGGCUGUUGUUCAGAACCACUUCUGUGUGUGAAAACACUCUUCUUCCCUUGUGGCACAUUUUCAAGGGUUGCUACUGUGGCAUAUAACAGGCCCAUAUCCUCGGCAGAAGCAUGUAAUGAGUUGAUGGCUUACUCAUUGGUGUUAUCAUGCUGUUGCUAUACUUGCUGUGUCAGGAGGAGGCUUCGCAUGUUUUUGAACAUCAAGGGAGGAUGGUUUGAUGAUUUCCUCUCCCACUUGUUGUGCUGCUGUUGUGCCCUUGUCCAAGAAUGGCGGGAAGUGGAGAUACGCGGGGUAAAAGGUCCAGUGAAGGCCGAAACCAGUGCUCCGCCCUUGCAGUACAUGCAAUCUUAAAGCGGAAGGAGGAAACAACUGUACAUUAAUCAGAAGUUUGAGUAUGAUAUAGUCUUAAUAUACACAUAGAGAGGUAAUGUUUGCUUCCUUUGUUUCUUCUUAGUUCGUAGGGUGCCUUAUGUAGGGUGAGUCUGCUGUGCCUCGGAUAGCCUGAUUAAGUGUCUCUUCAUCAUUCCAUGAUCUGUUUCUCAUGAACCACAUGGAAAGGAUAUCUUGUUCAAGAAUGGUGGUUUUUACCUUUGUCAUUUAGGCUGUUCUCUUGUUAGAACUAUGAAUUGAUCCAGAAACCUGUUCA